AUUUCCAGAAUUCUUUGUGCACGAUUUGUACCAUCUUUGCCGUUCUAGUGUAUUCUGCAUUAUAGAAGACUAAACGCCCGCCCAGUUAAACGCACUUGUUUCUCUGGAUUGGUGGCUGGCGCUGGACGUCUGGGGGUCAGCGUCUUUAAAACAUCAUGUGAGUGCCUCCUCCAGUCAAAACUCUCACCGUGAGGCGGAAUACACACAAGGACGGACACUUCUGCAUCCAUCUUCAUCAACAUGACGUUCUUUAUUUGCAUUUAUGUAUUUUGUCUGUCUGCAUUUUUAAUGGAGGUGCAGGGCACGUAUGGCCCUUACGCACGGAACCAGAACCAGUUGUACGCGAACCUGCAGAGAUCUCACUUCUCCCCCAAUAAUAUGCCUGGACACGGCAACUCCAUCAACUUUGGAGCUCCAGCAGAGCUUUGCAAAAGCCGUCCUCUAGACCUGGUUUUUAUCAUCGACAGUUCUCGUAGCGUCCGUCCUGCAGAGUUCGAGAAGGUCAAAAUCUUCCUCUCUGAAAUGGUCAACUCUCUAGAUAUCGGAUCCGAUGCCACACGAGUCGCCCUGAUCAACUAUGCCAGCACCGUCAACAUUGAGUUCCUUCUGAAAAAGUACUUUAGUAAGGCUGAGGUCAAGCAGGCCUUCUCCCGUAUCGAUCCGCUCUCAACGGGAACCAUGACUGGCCUGGCCAUCAAAACCGCCAUGGAGCAGGUUUUUACAGAGACUGCUGGGGCCCGGCCACUAAAAAAGAACAUCGGUAAGGUGGCCAUUAUUGUGACCGAUGGAAGGCCGCAAGAUAAAGUUGAAGAGGUUGCAGCAGCAGCAAGAGCUUCUGGGAUUGAAAUAUACGCCAUUGGAGUGGACAGAGCAGAUAUGCGGUCUCUUAAACUGAUGGCCAGUCAGCCUCUCGAUGACCAUGUGUUCUAUGUGGAAACAUACGGCGUGAUUGAGAAGCUCGCAUCCAAGUUCAGGGAGACACUCUGUGGUUUCGACGCUUGUGCAUUUGGGCACAACUGCGAACAUAUUUGUGUCAACAACAAUGCUUCUUAUUUCUGCAAGUGCAGAGAGGGAUAUGUUAUCAACUCUGACAAGAAAACAUGCUCUAAGCAGACCAACGAAGAGGCAAGAGGAGAUCUGACUGAGAAUGCCUGCAUGUGUGAGGCUCAAAUCGCAUUUCAGAGGAAGGUUCACAACACCAUACAGGCGCUCACCAGCAGACUGGAUGACAUCACAAACAGAGUGCAGCAGUUUGAUCUCCGUCAUGCCUAGAGUGGAGAAUGGGACUCAAAACAGCUUGAUUGAGAAAACAACAACAACAACAACAACAACUUUAUUUAAUCUUUCAUUGUAGCAUUCCUCACUUUGUAUAUUUAAUCUGUUAAAUGUCUUAUUUCAUAUUGUGCUUAUUAUUUUAUGUUUCAUUAUGUUCUGAGUAUGAUUUUUGAGUUAUUGACUUUGUUGACAAAGUGUUAAAUGUUUUGCAGAAUAAAUUUCCUUUUAUUUUUGGAAUAAAUAGUAAAAGUAAAUAAGUAAGUAAAGGUAAUAUGUAAAGUAUAUGCACAUUAUUUUAUAUUUUUCUUUAUUUUGGAUACUUAUACAAAUAUAUAUAUGAACAAAUAAAAUAUACUUUAACGCCA